GAGGUUCAUUAUCAGUCUGCUAAGCUCACUCCUAACAUAUUCACCCCUAAUUGCAUGGAUUUCAAUUCCAAACCAUCGCCUUCUGAGGCAUGUCAGGAGACCAUGGAUUUUCUGUCGCGUACUUGGUGCUACUUUGCAGUUCAAGCUCUGCAGCCUCAGCUGCGUGAUCAAUCGAUUGUUGUCUUAGACAAUCAAAUCAAGGCCCUUGAGAGUGACACCUCAUUGUCUUUUACGAAUACGGAGAAAAGCGCAAAUAUUGAUGCUACUGAUUUCAAGUCGUCUUUGCCACCAUGGAAGUCCGAUGAUGUGAAGUCAUGGAUAUGGAAGCAACAAGCAAUGCAUCCAGAGCUGAACUACAACAGCUGUUUUCAAAAGAAAUGGAUGCCCUGGAAGAUAGUCCCUUUCAAGGGUAUCUCAAUCAAGAAAUGGAUGAAGGAGAUGAAAGCAAAGGGAAAGGAAAAGGAUAGAUUACAAAGAGCAGAAGUGCAGGCAGCAAUAUCAGUGGCAGGCUUAGCAGCAGCACUGGCUGCAGUUGCAGCCGAGAAUUCCAAAAGGGAAUAUUGUAGCCCAACCAAGGAGGCGGCAGUAGCCUCAGCAGCUGCUCUUCUUGCGGCACAAUGCGCCAAAGUGGCAGAAGCAAUGGGGGCAAAGAAAGAGCAGCUCGGCAGUGUUAUAGCUUCGACCAUGAGUGGUACAACUGCAAGUGAGAUCUUAACACUAACUGCAGCAGCUAAUACUUCGUUAAGAGGAGCUGCUACCCUUAAAGCAAGAACAGGAUGCAAGAACAGAUACAAUGGUAGUGCCCCACUGCUUCCAUUUGAGAACAGCAACGAUCUUCCAUUUGAGUUUGAUAAAUGCAGGUCAAUGCUAGCAAAGGGUGCUGAGCUUGGUGUAGAAACACCAGAUGCGAAAUACAUGGUUAGAUGGGCCUCCAUAGACCUCAAUGGUGAUUCAAAGGUUAUUAUUAAACUAAGGAAGCUAAGCCUGUUGAAAAGCAAGAAAGAACGCAUUAUACUGGGCCUGCAUGCUGAGUUGUAUAGAGAUCCUGCAGCUGAUGAGACUACUGACACAUGUUACGUAGUCGUCUUGACGACAAAUUCGGGAAUGGUUAAACUUGACAUGGUAGAUGAUUACCAGCUUUAUAAGACAUGGUCUACAACCAUUUAUCACAUGCUUAUGGUUUCCGCUUCUCUUACCAAAUAUGAUCUUCAGCUCUGCAAAAACUGAAGUUACUGUGCUUCUUGGUCAUGUGCUGCAUCUGUAAUAUCAUUGUAUAUUGAUUUACUUUGGAAUAACUCUUGUUGGACAAUCAUAAGGAAUUUGUCGUUAGAUUAUCGGACACUUAUUCAAGUUGAUGGUUACAAGAAUUGUCAAAUCUUGUUUGUAAUCGUCUCGGCCCUUUAGAUCUAUUCUGCUAAUUAAUUACAAAUAUAUAUUUAUAUUUUAUGUUAGCGCUGCUGUGGUUGCACUGUGAAUCAUAGUUCACUUUUCAACUGAAAUUUAUGACAUGUAAGUCAGAUUAUAUUUGAUGAUGAGAUUUCAUCAAAUAAAAAU